AUGGAUCAGUUCCGCCGAAGUCCAGCCAACUCAUCGCCGCUUACUCCUCUAAGCUUUCUUGAUCGGUGCGCCACCGUCUAUGGCGACUGCCCUUCCGUCGUCUACGGCGACACUACCUAUACGUGGAACGAAACCCGACGAAGGAUUCUUCAGGUGGCUUCCUCCAUUUCCAACUUCGGAAUUAAGAGAAAUGACGUCGUUUCAGUCGUUGCCCCAAAUGUCCCUGCCAUGUAUGAGCUCUACUUCGCCAUACCCAUGGCCGGAGCUAUCAUCAAUUCAAUUAACACCCGCCUUGAUGCCCGCACAGUUUCUGUAAUCCUUUCACACAGCGAAUCGAAACUUGUUUUUGUAGAUUAUCAGUCGGCUUCUAUCAUCCUGGAUGCAAUCUCCAUGUUUUCCCCAGGUUUACAAAAACCGAUGCUCGUACUCAUCACUGAUGAUGGAUCUACCCCCCAAUCCAUGGUAGGAUUCCGAUGUACUUAUGAAAGUAUGGUGGAAAACGGCGAUCCGGGGUUCAAUUGGAUUAGACCAGUAUCGGAGUGGGAUCCGAUGACGUUGAAUUACACCUCCGGCACGACGUCGUCUCCUAAGGGAGUAGUUCACAGCCACCGUGGUAUGUUCCUCAUCGCCGUUGACUCUCUUAUUGAAUGGUCUGUUCCGAAACAACCUGUUUACUUAUGGACUCUGCCGAUGUUUCAUGCUAAUGGUUGGAGCUACACAUGGGGUACGGCGGCGGUCGGCGCCACCAACAUCUGCUUACGCAAAUUCGACGGAGCCAUUGUCUACGACGCCAUUAACAAACACGGCGUCACUCACAUAUGUGGUGCUCCGGUUGUCCUCAACAUGUUAUCGAAUGUCCCGAACGUGAAACCCUUAAAGAAACCCGUUAAUAUCAUGACGGCUGGAGCUCCUCCGCCUGCGGCGGUUCUGGCUCGGGCGGAGUCUCUUGGGUUCAUCAUCAGUCACGGGUACGGGCUGACGGAGAUAGGUGGGUUAACUGUGACUUGCGCAUGGAAGCAGAAAUGGAACCGAUUCCCAGCGACGGAGAGAGCUAGACUGAAAGCUAGACAAGGGGUGAGAACUGUUGCAUUUACAGACAUGGAUGUGGUGGAUCCCGAGUCAGGUCUGAGUGUGACUCGGGACGGGUCAACACUAGGGGAGGUGGUGCUACGCGGCGGAUGUGUUAUGCUGGGUUAUUUCAAAGACCCGGUCGGAACCACCAAGUGUAUGAGAGAAAAUGGGUGGUUCUACACCGGCGAUGUUGCAGUGAUGCACCCAGAUGGGUAUUUGGAGAUUAAGGACAGAUCAAAAGACGUGAUCAUUAGUGGUGGCGAGAAUUUGAGCAGUGUGGAGGUGGAAUCGGUUUUGUAUACGCAUCCGGCGGUGAAUGAGGCGGCAGUGGUGGCGAGGGCGGAUGAUCAUUGGGGAGAAACGCCGUGUGCGUUUGUGAGUUUGAAGGCGGAGAUGGUGGGGAAAGUGACGGAGAGAGAGGUGGCGGAGUAUUGUAGAGGUAAGCUGCCGGGAUUUAUGGUGCCGAAGACGGUGGUUUUUAAAGAAGAGUUGCCGAAAACGUCGACGGGGAAGAUUCAGAAGUUUAUACUCCGAGAAAUGGCAAAAGCAAUGGGACCAAAUACGAGGAAUAGUCGCCUGUAA